UCUUUUUCCGUAGUUGAAAGUUGAAACCCACCGAAAGCUACACCACUUUACUAAUACUCCCACUUCGCACGCUUUGCUUUCUUUCGCGUCUCUAACCAUAAUGAUGCCCCCUUUAGCCAAUUGAUCACUCGCUCUCGCUCUACAAAGACAAAGAGGCUAUGAUAUUUGUUGGUCCCUGCAAAUGAUGGAUGCUCGCGCUUUCUCUUCUCAUUCCGACGCUUCCGUUGCCGCUGCAACCACAGAUCAGAAUGUGGAGCAAUGCAGAAGUGGCAACAACAGUGAAGCCACGAUUAUGGAGAAACCAAGGCGAUGGCAUGACGUUUUCUGGUCAGGAAUGUUUGUAAUCCACUUGAUUGGUUUCGGUUUUGUUCUUGUUGUUCUUGGCCUCAACAGAUUCAAGAAGAAGAACAGGCUUGACAUUGAUAAGUACACAUACCGCUUCAUGGAGAAUCAAGCCGGAUUGACAGAGGAUUACUGGCCAGUCUAUGCGGUUGCCGGUUUAGUUGGGACUGCUCUUGGAUGUUGUUGGCUGUCGCUGUUGGGUUCAUGUGCUACCCUUAUGAUGAAGGUGUCUGUUCAUAUCCUCACCACAUAUCUUGCUGUGAUCAGUGUUCUCUCUUUUUGGGCUGAGCAGGUCUUCUGGGGUGUCGCUUUUGCUAUUGGAGCAUGCCUUCAGCUUUUGUAUGUGAUAUCUGUUAUAGACAGACUUCCAUUUACUAUGUUAGUUUUGCAAAAGGCUGUUAAGAUGGUAUGGAAUCUUCCUGAGGUUAUGAAAGUUGCACAUGCAUUUGUGCUGCUGCUUCUUUCGUGGAUGGUGUUGUGGUCAUUUGGAGUAGCUGGUGUUGUGGCUUCAAGUAUGGGUGACGGUGGACGCUGGUGGCUUCUUGUGGUCCUCUCUGUAAGCUUAUUUUGGACUGGUGCUGUACUGUGUAAUACCCUGCAUGUCGUUGUGUCUGGAAUUGUGUUCCUCGCGAACGUCCAUUAUAGCAAAGAGAGUUCAUCAUUUCCCACUAACUCCUUAAUGAAAUCAUUGCAAUAUGCUUUAACAACAUCGUUUGGCAGCAUUUGUUAUGGCUCAUUAUUUACAGCUGUUAUUAGGACAAUGCGGUGGCAGAUUCGAGGCGUCCGAGCAAAGAUAGGCAAUAAUGAAUGUUUACUUUGUUGUGUUGAUUUCCUUUUCCACAUGGUGGAGACUCUUGUCCGAUUCUUUAACAAGUAUGCAUAUGUUCAGAUUGGUGUGUAUGGAAAAAGCUUUAACCACUCUGCCAGAGAUGCAUGGGAGUUAUUCCAAUCAACUGGAGUUGAAGCACUUGUGGCCUAUGAUUGUUCAGGUGCUAUAAUGUUAAUGGGAACCAUUUUUGGAGGUCUGAUAACUGGAACUUGCGCAGGUGUCUGGGCAUGGAUUAAGUGGAGUAAUAGAGCUUUUAUGAUCGGAUCCAUGUCUAUGCUCAUGGGAAUGGUGUUGGUUGGAGUGGCUAUGGUUGUGGUGGAAAGUGCUGUUACUUCAAUAUAUGUAUGCUAUGCUGAAGACCCCUUAUCGAUUCAUAGAUGGGACCCUGAAUUCUUCAACCAGAUCUCUGAGACACUAAACCAGCGGCUUCAACAUAGAAGUAAACGUGUGAGCGAAGUUUUAACCCACAAUCAGCUUGAUAACCUAGUACGAUCAAACACAUCAGUUUGAGGAAUCACUUUAAUUAGUAUUAAAUAUUAUAAAAAUGAUUUAGCUUCGUUCCUUUUUCUUUUCCUUUUUCUUUUAUAUAUUUUUGUGUGUGGUGUGCAUUGAUAACUGUAAUUGCAAAUUAAUAUUCGUGUGAUAUGUGCCAGGUAAGAUGGUUGCCUCUAGUAUGUGGUUAAUUUUGUACCAGUGUUCUGAAAAUCGAAUUGGAUUGGCCGAUUCGACUGGAUUAACUGGAAACUAGUCUUCUAGCCGGUCUGGUUGACACAGAAAACAGCAUGGCAAAAAAUUGCGAAAAAAACCGGUUGAACUGGCAAUAAAUUGGAGAAACGGUAGAAUUGAUUGGUUUUGUAACGGUUUUUCAGAAUUUUAACUAAAAAAAUAAAGAAAAUUCACCAUAUAAAAGGUGAAAAGCAUAGCCUUUCUUGUUCCCCCUUUCUCUCACAAAAACCCUAACCCAUUACCCCUUUCUCAGCCAGCAGCAGCCAGCUCCUCCACCGUCGUCGAACUCUUCUCGUCAGCUAGACGGUUUUGUCGUCGCGGGUAGUGACGGGCAAAGGGUCCAUUCGAAGUUCUUGGCCAUCGAUCCUCUUGUCCACGUCGCCACCUCUGUACUUGCAGAUAGGAGCUCGCGGUCAUCUUCUACUCUUCUCUACGUCGUGGUUGUGGUCGUGGACUUGCAGUCAGUUUGAAUCCUAUCCUUGUCUUUGUGUCGCCGUUCUUCCCUCCCAGCAGUUGAGUUUUGUUCCUCCCUCGUCUGUUUUUGUCUUGCCGUAUCUUCCUCGCUGGCAAUUGAGUUUCAUU